CCGCCCCCUUCACGCACGCUGACGACAUGAGGGAUUGUGUGCGUGAACAGCGCCCCUGUUUUAACUUCCGCACACUAAUAUGAACAGGACGAAAGCCUUGAGAUAAGCGACAACUGUUAAUCUUUGACGCCAGUCCAAGCAUGAGUAAUGUCUUUGUAAUGAAGCCAAACCAGUCAGAGUUGGACAAAAUGUCAGAUUCAGACUCUGAUUCUGACUAUUAUGAAUGGGAUGACUCCAGACACCGAAUGAAUGUUAGAAGUGAUACAGUCAUCGCCCUCCGUCCAUCAGAUGAGGUUUUUGAACGAUGGGGUCGUAUCCCUGCUGAUACCAAAAGAGACGCUGGACAGCGGAUGAAGAUUUGUGCCUUCUGGCUUCCCAUCCUGCUGCAGCGUGAAGACACCAGUCCUACUGCCUGUUGGGCUGUACAAAUAGGUUUAAUCGACCCCAAGAACAGUGAAGACAUAAGUUUGAAGCACCUGCACAGGAUAGAAAUAUUGGAGGCAAUCCUCAGAGCCUUGGACAGAGGAAGUUCCAGAAGAGAGCAAACAAAGCAUAUUUUCUUGAUAAGCAACAUGUUUAACCUGCGUUCCCCAGAGGUUUUGGAAGACUCUUUGCGCUAUUUGGAGCGAACAGGAGAACCUGCUAUUUGCCAUCGCAUCCAGGAGCUUGGCCACCCUAACACCUGCUUCAAAACCCUGCACGUGGUCUUCACCGAGUAUGCCAAGUAUAUUCAGGACAUGGGCACCAACUUGGAGAAGACAAUGAAGUCCCUGAUGGCUCGACCAACUGACUAUCACAUAGAGAAAAGUGAAGAAAUGAAGAAGAGAGGAAAUGAUAACUUUCAGAAAAAGCAGUAUGAAGAUGCUGUGAGGUAUUAUUCCAAAGCCAUCAAAUUUUACCCAGACAAUCACAUAAUUUAUGGAAACAGAGCCCUGUGCUACAUCCGAUGUAACAAGUAUCUUAAAGCUGUUGGUGAUGGAAAGCGUGCUACACUCAUAAAACCACUCUGGGCAAAGGGUCAUUACCGUUACUGUGAGGCUUUGUUCUUCUUGGGAGAAGUCAAAAUGGCUAUUGAAGCAAACAAUUCAGCCCAGAGUCUGUGUAAGGACGACCUCGAUGGAAUCAAAGACCUGGAACAACAAUACCAGAAAUUUGCUGAAUGGCAGAAGAGUAGAAAUAAAAGACCAGACGGCCCUAACAAAGCAGGUGCAGUUGAGCCACGACAAAAGCCUUUACAGUCUUUUAGGGUUGGUCUGGUGAAAAACAUAGCUCCACAGAACAAGGUCCCUGAGGUUAAAAUGGAGAAGAAACCAGGGAAAAGUGAACGAACUGUGAAGAAGGAGAGCAGCACCAAAGACUCUAAACCCUCAAAAAGUGAGUUGUCCUCAAAGACUGUAAAAGCAGAGUCCAGCGCCACACCAAAGAAGAAAUCAAAGAACAGAAAUAGCCCAUCUGAAACUGAGAACCAGAAAGAGGCUGAUGGUAAAGCAGGUGUGAGCAAAGAGUUGAGGUCUAUGGUGCAGGAUGCUCACACCGCUCUGGUCGACCUCCGCAGUCGGAACGCAGAGCAGGCCUUCAGCCAGGCACUGGCCAUAGUGGAAACCAACACACCCAAGGAACUUGGACUUUCCACACUGGAUGUACUGUUGCUGCUGUAUGGUCGUGCAUGCGCCCUGACGGAAAUCGGCCAGCCUGAGGAACUUGCAGAAGCACAAAAACUUAUGGAGAAGAUCAAAUCGUUGGAGGAGAGGACAUUUCAGUGUCUGGUUUUUUAUGCCAUUGGGAGGGUGUAUCUGAAAGAGAACAGGUUUGCAGUUGCUCUGGAGCAGUUUUCAGAUUCCCUGCAGAUGGUCAAGAAUCAAAUAACACCUGGUAAACUCACCUGGCCUUUAACAAAAGAGGUUGUCAAAGAAACAGAACCCGACUAUUUCAAGGGAGUUCUUGAGAGUGCUAUAGAGUUGUGCAAAUUCCCACCUAUUCCUGAUGCCAUUUGUCGAUAUAAGAAGUGCCAUGGCUCUGUGAAAACUGAAAUCUACUUCACUGACCCAGAUUUUAAGGGCUUCAUUCAAAUAUGCUGCUGUCAGAGCUGCACGGUUGAAUACCACAUCACCUGUUGGAAGAGCCUCAAGACACAAACCUUCAGUGAAAAGAACGAAAAGGAUUUCCUGAAAGAGGCGUGUUUGACUCCAGACUGUGUCGGACAAAUCUGUAGUAUCAAAAUCUUUGAUUCAGCAGGUCUGGUGAAAUGUAAGUUUGAAGCUGCCAUCUCCAAACCACAGACUCCUAAGAAGCCUAAGGUGAAUCAGAAAUGUACAAGUCAGAAGAAGUUAAAAUCAAAGGAAGAGCGCAGGCUCAAGAGGAAGCAGCAUAAACAGUCAUUUCAAGAUAAGCAGACUAUCAACGACGACAUUCUGCAACAGAAAGAGGACUCUGCAGCUCAGAGUCAACAGAAAGUGUGGUUGGUGUACAGGGAUCGAGUUCUACUGCAGAUCAACCAGAACAUGGAGCUGCUGAGAGAGGAGAGGGGCCUCCAAGUGUCAGCCCUGACAGGCAGUCUGAAGCCCUGGCUGGAGCUGGACUUGUCGCGGGGGAACAAACUAGCUGAGAGGAUGCUGAACUGGCGGCAGGAGGGGCUGGAGACGUUUGGUCAGGCUGUUGAGCUCCUCCUCGAGAGGAAGAACCGUGUUUGGGCUCGCAUCCUGAUUCAGCUACUCAGUAGCUGUUUGGAUGUAAAUCCCAAACUCAACACAUGGGCCUGCCAGCUCAACGAUGCAGGCCUGAAUGCUGCCAAAUCCUUCAUUGAGCGCUACGCAGGACACUUGGAGCAGCUGGAUCUGAAUCUUGUGCUCAACUUUGGCCCAUUGCAGGAGAUGAUUAUAGAGAAACUCGGCACUAGGCCGGAGCUUUUUUCAAGCAUUGGUUUGACUGUGACUGAAUACCUAAAACAGGCCCCGCCACAUGACAUGAGACUCUUUAUCUGGACUCUGGAGGAGCAUAGGGAUGAGUAUGUCUCAUGCCACACUAUUCUGGAUGAGUAUUUUGAUAUGAUGGAUGGUCAUUGUUCAGUCCUAAAAAAGUCUGAUGAAAAUCAAAAUAAUUCUCCUAUGAGGGCUAAGAGUCGAGGCCGGAAAAAGAAACAGAAAGAGCCAAAGUCUUCUCAGGGUGUUAUUGUUUUGUCUGGGAUGAGAGGUGUAACUCCAAGAGAUGAGUUGGACCAAGACUUUUUUGAAGAUGAUUCUUUAUCAUUCCUGCAUCCUGAUCCAUUCACUGUACCCAGUCACCUGCGAGAGCAAGUUGCCAAUUUUGAGGACCAGUUCAACAGCAGCAGAAGUCACUAUAAAAACAUUUUGGACAACCACCCAGACUCAACAAAAGAGAGUUUGUAUGACUACUUUGCCCAGAUCUUGGAGGAGCAUGGUCCCCUGGUCGCUGAGGAUCCCCUGCUAGUGGGUGAGCUGGAAAAUUUUCCUCACGAAGCUCAGCUGAAGAUCCAACAAGCGGGGGGCUUUGAGUCCUUCCUCCUGGAAUCCCUUCGCUUCAUAAAGAUGGGGAGGUGUAUUGGCCUGGCUAAGCAUGCUGUUACCCUGCAGCAGGCUGGACAUGGACCCAGCCUGGAUGACUUGGACAUAUUGGAUCCUGAUACAAACUCUCCUGAUUUGCAUGAUCCUGGUUUCACAAACUAUGUGGACAAUUUUUCAUCUGCACCGACUGAUGUCUAUCCCAUCCUCCCAAAUCCUUAUCUGUUUGGCUUCCAGCCAGCCAGUGGAGAUAUGGCCUCUCUAGGCAGUAUGACUGUGAAUGAUCCCCCCUACGUGUGGAGUAAUGGUGAUGAUCAGGAUCAGUUCCCUUACUUUUUCCCUAAUGGCUAUGGGGAGCUCGAUCGUGUCUGUGAGUUUGAUGAUGGAGACUUUGAACCAGAUCUGUAUUCAGGUGAAGGACUCCCUUCACUGACAACUGAGGAAAACAUUUUGAAGAAACAUGCAGCAGUACAGACAUGUCCGGAGACCAUGAGCAGUGUGGCGGUGAAUACAGAGCUUCAUGAGCAUUUUGAGAGCUGCCAGGGUGACAUCAACAAAAAGGAAAAGAACAACAGGAUGUUGGAGCAGCAGAUCAAGAACAUGGCAAACGGCUGUGACAAAGUCAACCUGAAGCACAAAGAAGACAUCGCCUCCCUCGAGGAGGACAUACAGAAGAUCACUACCAAUAUACAAGUGACCAAUAAAGAGCUGGUGCUGUUCCAGCAGAAGCUGGAGGAGGAGGUGAAGAAGGACCAGAAGGAGAAGAAAGCGAACCAGGAAGCACUGAAGUCCCUCAAACUGAAGAUAGAAGAGUUGGUGGAGGAACAUGGGAGUCUGGUCCGAAGCAUCCGAGAGAAGAAAGCCAACUACAACGCAAAGCUGAGUGAUUUCCUAGAGCUAGGAAAUCAGUCAGAGGCUCAGAAAAUGAGUCUGGAGGAUGAGAUCAAGCGGUGUAAAGCCUUGUUUACCUCAGCUACGAGGAGGUCUCAUACAGCUCAAUUGUCAGUAGUGGAGAGCAGCCGGGAUCAGGGUUUAUACGGCCUCUACCGAGAGCUGACAGAUGCCAAGGCCUUGCUGAGCAAACUGGAUGAAGUAGUGCACAGAUUCCCAAACCAAGAGCUGGAAAUGGCUAGAAACACCUGGAGAGCCAAUGUCCAAGAAAUUGAAAAGAAAAUCUCCACUGCUGAGCAACAGUACCAGGAGCAGAUUGAUCAGUUGAAUAACGGCAGAAGAGUCAAUGAGUUGCCUCCAGUCAACAUCAACAAUCAUUCUGAACCUCCAGCACAACCACUCUCUGGGGCAGCCAAAGAGUUCACUUCUCAGCCGUCACACAGCGCUGCCUCGCUCAUCCAGCAGUCUGCAGCUGAGCCACCGGCCGCUUUGGCUCAGGUGCAACACAGACAUCCAACCAGGAAACUGGAGCCUCCACACAGCACCGUGUUUGAAAAAGCCUUGGAGCGCCUUUCCACCAUUUUCCCUGACUAUACAAGGUCAGACUUGAUGAGGUUUGUUCAGGAGUUGCGCUCAUCCAGCGGUGGAAGCCUCAGCCACUAUUCGUUGCAGGACGUGGUCGGUGGAGUGACCCAGCUCAUCCUGGACCAUCAGGAGAGGCUUAAUUCUGUCAGAUCCAACAUUGUGGGACGUGGGAGUCCAGCUCAGUGUGCUACUCCCCCUUUGGUAACACCAGUUUGGCAGCCGGUUGGAUCCCAGAGAUCCACACAGUCCAACGCACUCAACGUGGAGGACCCCUGCAUCAUCUGUCACGAUGACAUGAGUCCAGACGACAUCUGCGUGCUGGAGUGCAGACACAGUUUCCAUAACGAGUGCAUAAGGUCGUGGCUGAAGGAGCAGAGCACCUGUCCCACCUGCAGAGAUCACGCCUUGCUGCCUGAGGAUUUCCCCAUGCUGCCUGGAAGGAGACGUCAAGCCCCGUAAUGUCUUAACUCUAAUCACCCUGUUGCAUACUGUUCCAAUAUCUGCUUUUAUGUUUAUAAUUUUAUUUUACAUAUUAUUUCAUUAAAUCUAAAAAAAAAACAAAAAAACAUCGACUUUUAAGUUUUUGUAUCGUUAAAAUGUUGAUGUGCUGGAAGACACUAGUUUAUAUCCCACUUAAGAAAUAAAACUGUCUUGUCUUGA